AUGGAUGCUUGGAUAACAGAUAUUAUAAUGAAUAGCAAUAUCUUACCUGAUCUGGACAUUAUUGUUCAUACGCUGUGGCAAAUCUGGAAGGCCAGAAACAGCUUUGUAUUUCGCAGAGCUCAUCCUGAUCCAAUACAGGUGGUGCGAACGGCUUUGGCUAAUGCACUGACAGAUCGUCGUCUCUGUGCAGCGAGUCCGGCAUCUCAGCGUCGAUCCUUUCCAUCUGAUUGUGUUUGGCAUCCUCCGAUUCCUGGCACCUGGAAGGUUAACAUAGACGGAGCUUUUAUCCCUGCAUCAUCUGAAGGAUCGGUGGCUUCAAUUACUCGAGAUCAUGCUGGUCGAAUCGUGGACGGUUUCUCAAGCCAUGUUGCUGCAUCUUCCGCUCUACAGACAGAAACCCAAGCUUUAACCCUCACACUACGAGAUCUGAUGCAGAAAGGACACACAAAUCGCGCUCUUACUGUGGAAUCGGAUUGCCAGAAGCUGGUGGAUGCGGUCAACAAAUCUUGCCCUCCGCCAUGGGAGCUUCGCUCUCUGCUUGCUGAGGCUGCGGCGCUCCUGCAAGGGUUUACCAAUCUGCGUAUUGUCCAUUGCAGCAGAGACGCGAACGAGGCAGCCAACUGGGCUGCCAAGGCCCAUCAUUCAAGAUGUCUUCCUUUAAAUUGGCCCUCGUCUAUCCCCCUCCGCUUUUGGAUAUAA